AAACGAUUUUAGCUUUCUCAUGGCUUUAAAAUUUAAUGGUACGUAUGUAUAUAAUUUUUUGUCAUUGCGCAGAUGCAUGCAUUGUCAAACUCUCCUACAUACGAACCGACAACACCUGUAUAUAAUUUCAAUAUGAAAUUGGUUCGAUUUUUAAUGAAAUUAACAAAUGAAACGGUUUCCAUAGAGCUUAAAAAUGGAACUAUCCUUCAUGGAACAAUUACCGCUGUAGACAUGCAGAUGAACACGCAUUUAAAAGCUGUCAAAAUGACCGUGAAAGGACGCGAACCAGUCCCUUUGGAAACACUGUCCAUUCGUGGUAAUAACAUUCGCUACUACAUCCUCCCAGAUUCAUUACCUUUGGAUACCCUUUUAAUUGAUGAUAGUACGAAACCUAAACAAAAGAAAAAGGAAGCUGUUCGUGGCCGUGGAAGAGGCCGUGGUCGUGGUCGUGGUAGAGGCCGGGGUGCUGCUCGCGGAUUCUAAGAUUAUCCUAAAAGGUAGAUGUUUAAUUCUAAGUAUUACUUUUUGUUUAUUUAAUCUCAUUUGCCUGUGCUUACUAUGGUGCAGUACUUUGUGCAAUGUUCAUGAGAAAGUUCUUUUACCUUGAUAAUACAAAGUUACAAGUUGGGGUGCUUCCAUCAUUUGAUUUUUGAUUUCUGAUUAAAAGAUAACCAAAAGGAAAAAUCUGAAGAGGGUGAAUUCCAAGAAUUUCACUGUGGUCUUUUGACCCUCUAUAGUGCUUUAUGCAAUUUAUAAAUAGACGAUCCGUAUGUGUUUCAUAUAGGAAGGUAUACUAAAAUUGAUUUCCUCUUAUUAUAUUUCAAACUCAGUUUAUUGUAUUAGAAAAGGAAGAGGGCGUAAAAACAGAAGGAUAACACUUGGACGUUAAAUAAAUUACGAAAAGAACAGAAGGUCCUAAUAUAAUUUACUUAGAUAUAGGUACAAAAAAAU